GGGGACUAAAAUUGGGAAUCAGCAUCAGUUCGGUUCCAACUCUCAGAACAAAAUGAGAGGAACAACCUUCGUGAUCUUGUGCAUAGCACUUCAGUACGCGUCUGCUGAUACUUUCGACGAUGAGUUGAUAAGUAUUCUAUCAGAUGGAAAUGCAUAUCAAGAAACAAAUUUAACAACAAGUGAUGAAUUUGAUGUGGAUCAAACUGGAAAUGUAAUCGAACGAUCGACAAUACGAAAAGAAUUUGAACAAGACGGAGACACAAGCGGCGAUAUAGUCGGUGACGAUGUCAAUGUAAAAACCAUCGUUAUAAAGACCGACGCUUUUGGACACAAAAGAAUAUACGAAGAAGAUGUCAGUAUCCAUAAAGUGCCCGGAGCGUCGAGUCAUAAAAGUGCUUCGGCAACUUCAGGUGCGGCAGCAUCAAGCGUUGCUAGUUCCGGUCCUAAUAGAGGAAAUGCUGGCCCAGGUUACGGCCCUGGUGCUGGUCCCUACGGACCUUACGGUAAACAAGGCCCGAGUGCCGUCAUCAUUAACAACAAAGCACCUUCAUCUGGUCCGUCACCUUCUGGUCCUUCUGGUCCAAAUGGAGGAAAUGCUGGCCCAGGUUAUGGCCCUGGUGCUGGUCCCUACGGUCCAUACGGUAAACAAGGCCCCAAUGUCGUCGUCGUUAACAACGAAUCACCUUCAUCCGGUCCGUCACCUUCUGGUCCUUCUGGUCCAAAUGGAGGAAAUGCUGGCCCAGGUUAUGGUCCUAGUGCUGGUCCCUACGGUCCUUACGGUAAACAGGGCCCCAAUGUCGUCGUCAUUAACAAAGAAUCACCUUCAUCUGGUCCGUCAGCUUCCGCUUCAGCCUCAGCUGCAGCCGCUUCUGGUCCACAAGGCCAAAAUUACGGUCCUCUUGGAAACGGACCUGGUAACGGCGCAGGACAAGGCGGAAUAACUGUCAUCAACGAUAACGGAUCUGGUUCAGGUCCUAGCGCAAGCGCAUCAAGCACAGCAAGCGCUGCUAGUUCCGGUCCUAAUGGAGAAAAUGCUGGCCCAGGUUAUGGCCCUGGUGCUGGUCCCUACGGACCUUACGGUAAACAAGGCCCGAAUGCCGUCGUCAUUAACAAUAAAGCACCUUCAUCUGGUCCGUCACCUUCUGGUCCUUCUGGUCCAAAUGGAGGAAAUGCUGGCCCAGGUUAUGGCCCUGGUGCUGGUCCCUACGGUCCUUACGGUAAACAAGGCCCCAAUGUAGUCGUCAUUAACAACGAAUCACCGUCAUCCGGUCCGUCACCUUCUGGUCCUUCCGGUCCAAAUGGAGGAAAUGCUGGCCCAGGUUAUGGCCCCGGUGCUGGUCCCUACGGACCUUACGGUAAACAAGGCCCGAAUGCCGUCAUCAUUAACAACAAAGCACCUUCAUCUGGUCCGUCACCUUCUGGUCCUUCUGGUCCAAAUGGAGGAAAUGCUGGCCCAGGUUAUGGCCCUGGUGCUGGUCCCUACGGUCCAUACGGUAAACAAGGCCCCAAUGUCGUCGUCGUUAACAACGAAUCACCUUCAUCCGGUCCGUCACCUUCUGGUCCUUCUGGUCCUAAUGGAGGAAAUGCUGGCCCAGGUUAUGGCCCUGGUGCUGGUCCCUACGGACCUUACGGUAAACAAGGCCCGAAUGCCGUCAUCAUUAACAAUAAAGCACCUUCAUCUGGUCCGUCAGCUUCCGCUGCAGCCUCAGCUGCAGCCGCUUCUGGUCCACAAGGCCAAAAUUACGGUCCUCUUGGAUACGGACCUGGUAACGGCGCAGGACCAGGCGGAGUAACUGUCAUCAACGAAAACGGAUCUGGUUCAGGUUCUUCAAGCGCAAGCGCAGCAAGCGCUGCAGCUUCUGGUCCUAACGGAGGAAAUGCUGGCCGAGGCUAUGGUGCCGGAGCAGGUGCUGGAGCAGCCGCUGGUGCAGGUGCAGGAGCAGCUGGUGCCUACGGACCUGGAAAUGGUUUAUACGGACCUGGUUACGGUGCAGGACAAGGAGUUACUGUCAUCAACGAAAACGGAUCUGGUUCAGGUUCUUCAAGCGCAAGCGCAGCAAGCGCUGCAGCUACUGGUCCUAAUGGAGGAAAUGCUGGCCCAGGUUAUGGCCCUGGUGCUGGUCCCUACGGACCUUACGGUAAACAAGGCCCGAAUGCCGUCAUCAUUAACAAUAAAGCACCUUCAUCUGGUCCGUCAGCUUCCGCUGCAGCCUCAGCUGCAGCCGCUUCUGGUCCACAAGGCCAAAAUUACGGUCCUCUUGGAUACGGACCUGGUAACGGCGCAGGACCAGGCGGAGUAACUGUCAUCAACGAUAACGGAUCUGGUUCAGGUUCUUCAAGCGCAAGCGCAGCAAGCGCUGCAGCUUCUGGUCCUAGCGGAGGAAAUGCUGGCCUAGGCUAUGGUGCCGGAGCAGGUGCUGGAGCAGCCGCUGGUGCAGGUGCAGGAGCAGCUGAUGCCUACGGACCUGGAAAUGGUUUAUACGGACCUGGUUACGGUGCAGGACAAGGAGUUACUGUCAUCAACGAAAACGGAUCUGGUUCAGGUUCUUCAAGCGCAAGCGCAGCAAGCGCUGCAGCUACUGGUCCUAACGGAGGAAAUGCUGGCCGAGGCUAUGGUGCCGGAGCAGGUGCUGGAGCAGCCGCUGGUGCAGGUGCAGGAGCAGGUGGUGCCUAUGGACCUGGAAAUGGUUUAUACGGACCUGGCUACGGCGCAGGACAAGGAGUUACUGUCAUCAACGACAACGGAUCUGGUUCAGGUUCUUCAAGCGCAAGCGCAGCAAGCGCUUCAGCUUCUGGUCCUAAUGGAGGAAAUGCUGGCCCAGGUUAUGGCCCUGGUGCUGGUCCCUACGGACCUUACGGUAAACAAGGCCCGAAUGCCGUCAUCAUUAACAAUAAAGCACCUUCAUCUGGUCCGUCAGCUUCCGCUGCAGCCUCAGCUGCAGCCGCUUCUGGUCCACAAGGCCAAAAUUACGGUCCUCUUGCAUACGGACCUGGUAACGGCGCAGGACCAGGCGGAGUAACUGUCAUCAACGAUAACGGAUCUGGUUCAGGUUCUGCAAGCGCAAGCGCAGCAAGCGCUGCAGCUUCUGGUCCUAACGGAGGAAAUGCUGGCCGAGGCUAUGGUCCCGGAGCAGGUGCUGGAGCAGCCGCUAGUGCAGGUGCAGGAGCAGCUGGUGCCUAUGGACCUGGAAAUGGUUUAUACGGACCUGGUUACGGUGCAGGACAAGGAGUUACUGUCAUCAACGAAAACGGAUCUGGUUCAGGUUCUGCAAGCGCAAGCGCAGCAAGCGCUGCAGCUUCUGGUACUAACGGAGGAAAUGCUGGCCGAGGCUAUGGUGCCGGAGCAGGUGCUGGAGCAGCCGCUGGUGCAGGUGCAGGAGCAGCCGCUGGUGCAGGUGCAGGAGCAGCCGCUGGUGCUGGUGCAGGAGCAGCUGGUGCCUACGGACCUGGAAAUGGUUUAUACGGACCUGGCUACGGCGCAGGACAAGGAAUUACUGUCAUUAACGAAAACGGAUCUGGUUCAGGUUCUUCAAGCGCAAGCGCAGCAAGCGCUUCAGCUUCUGGUCCUAAUGGAGGAAAUGCUGGCCCAGGUUAUGGCCCUGGUGCUGGACCCUACGGACCUUACGGUAAACAAGGCCCGAAUGCCGUCAUCAUUAACAAUAAAGCACCUUCAUCUGGUCCGUCAGCUUCCGCUGCAGCCUCAGCUGCAGCAGCUUCUGGUCCACAAGGCCAAAAUUACGGUCCUCUUGGAUACGGACCUGGUAACGGCGCAGGACCAGGCGGAGUAACUGUCAUCAACGAUAACGGAUCUGGUUCAGGUUCUUCAAGCGCAAGCGCAGCAAGCGCUGCAGCUUCUGGUCCUAACGGAGGAAAUGCUGGCCGAGGCAAUGGUGCCGGAGCAGGUGCUGGAGCAGCCGCUGGUGCAGGUGCAGGAGCAGCCGCUGGUGCUGGUGUAGGAGCAGCUGGUGCCUACGGACCUGGAAAUGGUUUAUACGGACCUGGCUACGGCGCAGGACAAGGAAUUACUGUCAUUAACGAAAAUGGAUCUGGUUCAGGUUCUUCAAGCGCAAGCGCAGCAAGCGCUUCAGCUUCUGGUCCUAAUGGAGGAAAUGCUGGCCCAGGUUAUGGCCCUGGUGCUGGUCCCUACGGACCUUACGGUAAACAAGGCCCGAAUGCCGUCAUCAUUAACAAUAAAGCACCUUCAUCUGGUCCGUCAGCUUCCGCUGCAGCCUCAGCUGCAGCCGCUUCUGGUCCACAAGGCCAAAAUUACGGUCCUCUUGGAUACGGACCUGGUAACGGCGCAGGACCAGGCGGAGUAACUGUCAUCAACGAUAACGGAUCUGGUUCAGGUUCUGCAAGCGCAAGCGCAGCAAGCGCUGCAGCUUCUGGUCCUAACGGAGGAAAUGCUGGCCGAGGCUAUGGUCCCGGAGCAGGUGCUGGAGCAGCCGCUAGUGCAGGUGCAGGAGCAGCUGGUGCCUACGGACCUGGAAAUGGUUUAUACGGACCUGGCUACGGCGCAGGACAAGGAAUUACUGUCAUUAACGAAAACGGAUCUGGUUCAGGUUCUUCAAGCGCAAGCGCAGCAAGCGCUUCAGCUUCUGGUCCUAAUGGAGGAAAUGCUGGCCCAGGUUAUGGCCCUGGUGCUGGUCCCUACGGACCUUACGGUAAACAAGGCCCGAAUGCCGUCAUCAUUAACAAUAAAGCACCUUCAUCUGGUCCGUCAGCUUCCGCUGCAGCCUCAGCUGCAGCCGCUUCUGGUCCACAAGGCCAAAAUUACGGUCCUCUUGGAUACGGACCUGGUAACGGCGCAGGACCAGGCGGAGUAACUGUCAUCAACGAUAACGGAUCUGGUUCAGGUUCUUCAAGCGCAAGCGCAGCAAGCGCUGCAGCUUCUGGUCCUAAUGGAGGAAAUGCUGGCCGAGGCAAUGGUGCUGGAGCAGGUGCUGGAGCAGCCGCUGGUGCAGGUGCAGGAGCAGCCGCUGGUGCAGGUGCAGGAGCAGGUGGUGCCUAUGGACCUGGAAAUGGUUUAUACGGACCUGGCUACGGCGCAGGACAAGGAGUUACUGUCAUCAACGACAACGGAUCUGGUUCAGGUUCUUCAAGCGCAAGCGCAGCAAGCGCUGCAGCUUCUGGUACUAACGGAGGAAAUGCUGGCCGAGGCUAUGGUGCCGGAGCAGGUGCUGGAGCAGCCGCUGGUGCAGGUGCAGGAGCAGGUGGUGCCUACGGACCUGGAAAUGGUUUAUACGGACCUGGCUACGGCGCAGGACAAGGAAUUACUGUCAUUAACGAAAACGGAUCUGGUUCAGGUUCUUCAAGCGCAAGCGCAGCAAGCGCUUCAGCUUCUGGUCCUAAUGGAGGAAAUGCUGGCCCAGGUUAUGGCCCUGGUGCUGGUCCCUACGGACCUUACGGUAAACAAGGCCCGAAUGCCGUCAUCAUUAACAAUAAAGCACCUUCCUCUGGUCCGUCAGCUUCCGCUGCAGCCGCAGCUGCAGCCGCUUCUGGUCCACAAGGCCAAAAUUACGGUCCUCUUGGAUACGGACCUGGUAACGGCGCAGGACCAGGCGGAGUAACUGUCAUCAACGAUAACGGAUCUGGUUCAGGUUCUGCAAGCGCAAGCGCAGCAAGCGCUGCAGCUUCUGGUCCUAACGGAGGAAAUGCUGGCCGAGGCUAUGGUGCUGGAGCAGGUGCUGGAGCAGCCGCUGGUGCAGGUGCAGGAGCAGCCGCUGGUGCAGGUGCAGGAGCAGGUGGUGCCUAUGGACCUGGAAAUGGUUUAUACGGACCUGGCUACGGCGCAGGACAAGGAGUUACUGUCAUCAACGACAACGGAUCUGGUUCAGGUUCUUCAAGCGCAAGCGCAGCAAGCGCUGCAGCUUCUGGUACUAACGGAGGAAAUGCUGGCCGAGGCUAUGGUGCCGGAGCAGGUGCUGGAGCAGCCGCUGGUGCAGGUGCAGGAGCAGGUGGUGCCUACGGACCUGGAAAUGGUUUAUACGGACCUGGCUACGGCGCAGGACAAGGAAUUACUGUCAUUAACGAAAACGGAUCUGGUUCAGGUUCUUCAAGCGCAAGCGCAGCAAGCGCUUCAGCUUCUGGUCCUAAUGGAGGAAAUGCUGGCCCAGGUUAUGGCCCUGGUGCUGGUCCCUACGGACCUUACGGUAAACAAGGCCCGAAUGCCGUCAUCAUUAACAAUAAAGCACCUUCCUCUGGUCCGUCAGCUUCCGCUGCAGCCGCAGCUGCAGCCGCUUCUGGUCCACAAGGCCAAAAUUACGGUCCUCUUGGAUACGGACCUGGUAACGGCGCAGGACCAGGCGGAGUAACUGUCAUCAACGAUAACGGAUCUGGUUCAGGUUCUGCAAGCGCAAGCGCAGCAAGCGCUGCAGCUUCUGGUCCUAACGGAGGAAAUGCUGGCCGAGGCUAUGGUCCCGGAGCAGGUGCUGGAGCAGCCGCUAGUGCAGGUGCAGGAGCAGCUGGUGCCUACGGACCUGGAAAUGGUUUAUACGGACCUGGCUACGGCGCAGGACAAGGAAUUACUGUCAUUAACGAAAACGGAUCUGGUUCAGGUUCUUCAAGCGCAAGCGCAGCAAGCGCUUCAGCUUCUGGUCCUAAUGGAGGAAAUGCUGGCCCAGGUUAUGGCCCUGGUGCUGGUCCCUACGGACCUUACGGUAAACAAGGCCCGAAUGCCGUCAUCAUUAACAAUAAAGCACCUUCAUCUGGUCCGUCAGCUUCCGCUGCAGCCUCAGCUGCAGCCGCUUCUGGUCCACAAGGCCAAAAUUACGGUCCUCUUGGAUACGGACCUGGUAACGGCGCAGGACCAGGCGGAGUAACUGUCAUCAACGAUAACGGAUCUGGUUCAGGUUCUUCAAGCGCAAGCGCAGCAAGCGCUGCAGCUUCUGGUCCUAAUGGAGGAAAUGCUGGCCGAGGCAAUGGUGCUGGAGCAGGUGCUGGAGCAGCCGCUGGUGCAGGUGCAGGAGCAGCCGCUGGUGCAGGUGCAGGAGCAGGUGGUGCCUAUGGACCUGGAAAUGGUUUAUACGGACCUGGCUACGGCGCAGGACAAGGAGUUACUGUCAUCAACGACAACGGAUCUGGUUCAGGUUCUUCAAGCGCAAGCGCAGCAAGCGCUGCAGCUUCUGGUACUAACGGAGGAAAUGCUGGCCGAGGCUAUGGUGCCGGAGCAGGUGCUGGAGCAGCCGCUGGUGCAGGUGCAGGAGCAGGUGGUGCCUACGGACCUGGAAAUGGUUUAUACGGACCUGGCUACGGCGCAGGACAAGGAAUUACUGUCAUUAACGAAAACGGAUCUGGUUCAGGUUCUUCAAGCGCAAGCGCAGCAAGCGCUUCAGCUUCUGGUCCUAAUGGAGGAAAUGCUGGCCCAGGUUAUGGCCCUGGUGCUGGUCCCUACGGACCUUACGGUAAACAAGGCCCGAAUGCCGUCAUCAUUAACAAUAAAGCACCUUCCUCUGGUCCGUCAGCUUCCGCUGCAGCCGCAGCUGCAGCCGCUUCUGGUCCACAAGGCCAAAAUUACGGUCCUCUUGGAUACGGACCUGGUAACGGCGCAGGACCAGGCGGAGUAACUGUCAUCAACGAUAACGGAUCUGGUUCAGGUUCUGCAAGCGCAAGCGCAGCAAGCGCUGCAGCUUCUGGUCCUAACGGAGGAAAUGCUGGCCGAGGCUAUGGUGCUGGAGCAGGUGCUGGAGCAGCCGCUGGUGCAGGUGCAGGAGCAGCCGCUGGUGCAGGUGCAGGAGCAGGUGGUGCCUAUGGACCUGGAAAUGGUUUAUACGGACCUGGCUACGGCGCAGGACAAGGAGUUACUGUCAUCAACGACAACGGAUCUGGUUCAGGUUCUUCAAGCGCAAGCGCAGCAAGCGCUGCAGCUUCUGGUACUAACGGAGGAAAUGCUGGCCGAGGCUAUGGUGCCGGAGCAGGUGCUGGAGCAGCCGCUGGUGCAGGUGCAGGAGCAGGUGGUGCCUACGGACCUGGAAAUGGUUUAUACGGACCUGGCUACGGCGCAGGACAAGGAAUUACUGUCAUUAACGAAAACGGAUCUGGUUCAGGUUCUUCAAGCGCAAGCGCAGCAAGCGCUUCAGCUUCUGGUCCUAAUGGAGGAAAUGCUGGCCCAGGUUAUGGCCCUGGUGCUGGUCCCUACGGACCUUACGGUAAACAAGGCCCGAAUGCCGUCAUCAUUAACAAUAAAGCACCUUCCUCUGGUCCGUCAGCUUCCGCUGCAGCCGCAGCUGCAGCCGCUUCUGGUCCACAAGGCCAAAAUUACGGUCCUCUUGGAUACGGACCUGGUAACGGCGCAGGACCAGGCGGAGUAACUGUCAUCAACGAUAACGGAUCUGGUUCAGGUUCUGCAAGCGCAAGCGCAGCAAGCGCUGCAGCUUCUGGUCCUAACGGAGGAAAUGCUGGCCGAGGCUAUGGUCCCGGAGCAGGUGCUGGAGCAGCCGCUAGUGCAGGUGCAGGAGCAGCUGGUGCCUACGGACCUGGAAAUGGUUUAUACGGACCUGGCUACGGCGCAGGACAAGGAGUUACUGUCAUCAACGAAAACGGAUCUGGUUCAGGUUCUGCAAGCGCAAGCGCAGCAAGCGCUGCAGCUUCUGGUACUAACGGAGGAAAUGCUGGCCGAGGCUAUGGUGCCGGAGCAGGUGCUGGAGCAGCCGCUGGUGCAGGUGCAGGAGCAGGUGGUGCCUAUGGACCUGGAAAUGGUUUAUACGGACCUGGCUACGGCGCAGGACAAGGAGUUACUGUCAUCAACGACAACGGAUCUGGUUCAGGUUCUUCAAGCGCAAGCGCAGCAAGCGCUUCAGCUUCUGGUCCUAAUGGAGGAAAUGCUGGCCCAGGUUAUGGCCCUGGUGCUGGUCCCUACGGACCUUACGGUAAACAAGGCCCGAAUGCCGUCAUCAUUAACAAUAAAGCACCUUCAUCUGGUCCAUCAGCUUCCGCUGCAGCCGCAGCUGCAGCCGCUUCUGGUCCACAAGGCCAAAAUUACGGUCCUCUUGGAUACGGACCUGGUAACGGCGCAGGACCAGGCGGAGUAACUGUCAUCAACGAUAACGGAUCUGGUUCAGGUUCUUCAAGCGCAAGCGCAGCAAGCGCUGCAGCUUCUGGUCCUAAUGGAGGAAAUGCUGGCCGAGGCAAUGGUGCUGGAGCAGGUGCUGGAGCAGCCGCUGGUGCAGGUGCAGGAGCAGCCGCUGGUGCAGGUGCAGGAGCAGGUGGUGCCUAUGGACCUGGAAAUGGUUUAUACGGACCUGGCUACGGCGCAGGACAAGGAGUUACUGUCAUCAACGACAACGGAUCUGGUUCAGGUUCUUCAAGCGCAAGCGCAGCAAGCGCUUCAGCUUCUGGUCCUAAUGGAGGAAAUGCUGGCCCAGGUUAUGGCCCUGGUGCUGGUCCCUACGGACCUUACGGUAAACAAGGCCCGAAUGCCGUCAUCAUUAACAAUAAAGCACCUUCAUCUGGUCCAUCAGCUUCCGCUGCAGCCGCAGCUGCAGCCGCUUCUGGUCCACAAGGCCAAAAUUACGGUCCUCUUGGAUACGGACCUGGUAACGGCGCAGGACCAGGCGGAGUAACUGUCAUCAACGAUAACGGAUCUGGUUCAGGUUCUGCAAGCGCAAGCGCAGCAAGCGCUGCAGCUUCUGGUACUAACGGAGGAAAUGCUGGCCGAGGCUAUGGUGCCGGAGCAGGUGCUGGAGCAGCCGCUGGUGCAGGUGCAGGAGCAGGUGGUGCCUAUGGACCUGGAAAUGGUUUAUACGGACCUGGCUACGGCGCAGGACAAGGAGUUACUGUCAUCAACGACAACGGAUCUGGUUCAGGUUCUUCAAGCGCAAGCGCAGCAAGCGCUUCAGCUUCUGGUCCUAAUGGAGGAAAUGCUGGCCCAGGUUAUGGCCCUGGUGCUGGUCCCUACGGACCUUACGGUAAACAAGGCCCGAAUGCCGUCAUCAUUAACAAUAAAGCACCUUCAUCUGGUCCAUCAGCUUCCGCUGCAGCCGCAGCUGCAGCCGCUUCUGGUCCACAAGGCCAAAAUUACGGUCCUCUUGGAUACGGACCUGGUAACGGCGCAGGACCAGGCGGAGUAACUGUCAUCAACGAUAACGGAUCUGGUUCAGGUUCUUCAAGCGCAAGCGCAGCAAGCGCUGCAGCUUCUGGUCCUAAUGGAGGAAAUGCUGGCCGAGGCAAUGGUGCUGGAGCAGGUGCUGGAGCAGCCGCUGGUGCAGGUGCAGGAGCAGCCGCUGGUGCAGGUGCAGGAGCAGCCGCUGGUGCAGGUGCAGGAGCAGGUGGUGCCUAUGGACCUGGAAAUGGUUUAUACGGACCUGGCUACGGCGCAGGACAAGGAGUUACUGUCAUCAACGACAACGGAUCUGGUUCAGGUUCUUCAAGCGCAAGCGCAGCAAGCGCUGCAGCUUCUGGUACUAACGGAGGAAAUGCUGGCCGAGGCUAUGGUGCCGGAGCAGGUGCUGGAGCAGCCGCUGGUGCAGGUGCAGGAGCAGGUGGUGCCUACGGACCUGGAAAUGGUUUAUACGGACCUGGCUACGGCGCAGGACAAGGAAUUACUGUCAUUAACGAAAACGGAUCUGGUUCAGGUUCUUCAAGCGCAAGCGCAGCAAGCGCUUCAGCUUCUGGUCCUAAUGGAGGAAAUGCUGGCCCAGGUUAUGGCCCUGGUGCUGGUCCCUACGGACCUUACGGUAAACAAGGCCCGAAUGCCGUCAUCAUUAACAAUAAAGCACCUUCCUCUGGUCCGUCAGCUUCCGCUGCAGCCGCAGCUGCAGCCGCUUCUGGUCCACAAGGCCAAAAUUACGGUCCUCUUGGAUACGGACCUGGUAACGGCGCAGGACCAGGCGGAGUAACUGUCAUCAACGAUAACGGAUCUGGUUCAGGUUCUGCAAGCGCAAGCGCAGCAAGCGCUGCAGCUUCUGGUCCUAACGGAGGAAAUGCUGGCCGAGGCUAUGGUCCCGGAGCAGGUGCUGGAGCAGCCGCUAGUGCAGGUGCAGGAGCAGCUGGUGCCUACGGACCUGGAAAUGGUUUAUACGGACCUGGUUACGGUGCAGGACAAGGAGUUACUGUCAUCAACGAAAACGGAUCUGGUUCAGGUUCUGCAAGCGCAAGCGCAGCAAGCGCUGCAGCUUCUGGUACUAACGGAGGAAAUGCUGGCCGAGGCUAUGGUGCCGGAGCAGGUGCUGGAGCAGCCGCUGGUGCAGGUGCAGGAGCAGGUGGUGCCUAUGGACCUGGAAAUGGUUUAUACGGACCUGGCUACGGCGCAGGACAAGGAGUUACUGUCAUCAACGACAACGGAUCUGGUUCAGGUUCUUCAAGCGCAAGCGCAGCAAGCGCUUCAGCUUCUGGUCCUAAUGGAGGAAAUGCUGGCCCAGGUUAUGGCCCUGGUGCUGGUCCCUACGGACCUUACGGUAAACAAGGCCCGAAUGCCGUCAUCAUUAACAAUAAAGCACCUUCAUCUGGUCCAUCAGCUUCCGCUGCAGCCGCAGCUGCAGCCGCUUCUGGUCCACAAGGCCAAAAUUACGGUCCUCUUGGAUACGGACCUGGUAACGGCGCAGGACCAGGCGGAGUAACUGUCAUCAACGAUAACGGAUCUGGUUCAGGUUCUGCAAGCGCAAGCGCAGCAAGCGCUGCAGCUUCUGGUACUAACGGAGGAAAUGCUGGCCGAGGCUAUGGUGCCGGAGCAGGUGCUGGAGCAGCCGCUGGUGCAGGUGCAGGAGCAGGUGGUGCCUAUGGACCUGGAAAUGGUUUAUACGGACCUGGCUACGGCGCAGGACAAGGAGUUACUGUCAUCAACGACAACGGAUCUGGUUCAGGUUCUUCAAGCGCAAGCGCAGCAAGCGCUUCAGCUUCUGGUCCUAAUGGAGGAAAUGCUGGCCCAGGUUAUGGCCCUGGUGCUGGUCCCUACGGACCUUACGGUAAACAAGGCCCGAAUGCCGUCAUCAUUAACAAUAAAGCACCUUCAUCUGGUCCAUCAGCUUCCGCUGCAGCCGCAGCUGCAGCCGCUUCUGGUCCACAAGGCCAAAAUUACGGUCCUCUUGGAUACGGACCUGGUAACGGCGCAGGACCAGGCGGAGUAACUGUCAUCAACGAUAACGGAUCUGGUUCAGGUUCUUCAAGCGCAAGCGCAGCAAGCGCUGCAGCUUCUGGUCCUAAUGGAGGAAAUGCUGGCCGAGGCAAUGGUGCUGGAGCAGGUGCUGGUGCAGCCGCUGGUGCAGGUGCAGGAGCAGCCGCUGGUGCAGGUGCAGGAGCAGGUGGUGCCUAUGGACCUGGAAAUGGUUUAUACGGACCUGGCUACGGCGCAGGACAAGGAGUUACUGUCAUCAACGACAACGGAUCUGGUUCAGGUUCUUCAAGCGCAAGCGCAGCAAGCGCUGCAGCUUCUGGUCCUAACGGAGGAAAUGCUGGCAGAGGCUAUGGUGCUGGAGCAGGCGCUGGUGCAGGUGCAGGAGCAGCCGCUGGUGCUGGUGCAGGAGUAGCUGGUGCCUACGGACCUGGAAAUGGUUUAUACGGACCUGGCUACGGCGCAGGACAAGGAAUUACUGUCAUUAACGAAAACGGAUCUGGUUCAGGUUCUUCAAGCGCAAGCGCAGCAAGCGCUUCAGCUUCUGGUCCUAAUGGAGGAAAUGCUGGCCCAGGUUAUGGCCCUGGUGCUGGUCCCUACGGACCUUACGGUAAACAAGGCCCGAAUGCCGUCAUCAUUAACAAUAAAGCACCUUCAUCUGGUCCGUCAGCUUCCGCUGCAGCCGCAGCUGCAGCCGCUUCUGGUCCACAAGGCCAAAAUUACGGUCCUCUUGGAUACGGACCUGGUAACGGCGCAGGACCAGGCGGAGUAACUGUCAUCAACGAUAACGGAUCUGGUUCAGGUUCUUCAAGCGCAAGCGCAGCAAGCGCUGCAGCUUCUGGUCCUAACGGAGGAAAUGCUGGCCGAGGCUAUGGUCCCGGAGCAGGUGCUGGAGCAGCCGCUAGUGCAGGUGCAGGAGCAGCUGGUGCCUACGGACCUGGAAAUGGUUUAUACGGACCUGGUUACGGUGCAGGACAAGGAGUUACUGUCAUCAACGAAAACGGAUCUGGUUCAGGUUCUGCAAGCGCAAGCGCAGCAAGCGCUGCAGCUUCUGGUACUAACGGAGGAAAUGCUGGCCGAGGCUAUGGUGCCGGAGCAGGUGCUGGAGCAGCCGCUGGUGCAGGUGCAGGAGCAGGUGGUGCCUAUGGACCUGGAAAAGGUUUAUACGGACCUGGCUACGGCGCAGGACAAGGAGUUAGUGUCAUCAACGACAACGGAUCUGGUUCAGGUUCUUCAAGCGCAAGCGCAGCAAGCGCUUCAGCUUCUGGUCCUAAUGGAGGAAAUGCUGGCCCAGGUUAUGGCCCUGGUGCUGGUCCCUACGGACCUUACGGUAAACAAGGCCCGAAUGCCGUCAUCAUUAACAAUAAAGCACCUUCAUCUGGUCCGUCAGCUUCCGCUGCAGCCUCAGCUGCAGCCGCUUCUGGUCCACAAGGCCAAAAUUACGGUCCUCUUGGAUACGGACCUGGUAACGGCGCAGGACCAGGCGGAGUAACUGUCAUCAACGAUAACGGAUCUGGUUCAGGUUCUGCAAGCGCAAGCGCAGCAAGCGCUGCAGCUUCUGGUCCUAACGGAGGAAAUGCUGGCCGAGGCUAUGGUCCCGGAGCAGGUGCUGGAGCAGCCGCUAGUGCAGGUGCAGGAGCAGCUGGUGCCUAUGGACCUGGAAAUGGUUUAUACGGACCUGGUUACGGUGCAGGACAAGGAGUUACUGUCAUCAACGAAAACGGAUCUGGUUCAGGUUCUGCAAGCGCAAGCGCAGCAAGCGCUGCAGCUUCUGGUACUAACGGAGGAAAUGCUGGCCGAGGCUAUGGUGCCGGAGCAGGUGCUGGAGCAGCCGCUAGUGCAGGUGCAGGAGCAGCUGGUGCCUACGGACCUGGAAAUGGUUUAUACGGACCUGGCUCAGGUGCAGGACAAGGAGUUACUGUCAUCAACGACAACGGAUCUGGUUCAGGUUCUUCAAGCGCAAGCGCAGCAAGCGCUGCAGCUUCUGGUCCUAACGGAGGAAAUGCUGGCCGAGGCUAUGGUGCCGGAGCAGGUGCUGGAGCAGCCGCUGGUGCAGGUGCAGGAGCAGCUGGUGCCUACGGACCUGGAAAUGGUUUAUACGGACCUGGUUACGGUGCAGGACAAGGAAUUACUGUCAUCAAUGAAAACGGAUCUGGUUCAGGUUCUUCAAGCGCAAGCGCAGCAAGCGCUGCAGCUUCUGGUCCUAACGGAGGAAAUGCUGGCCCAGGUUAUGGCCCUGGUGCUGGUCCCUACGGACCUUACGGUAAACAAGGCCCGAAUGCCGUCGUCAUUAACAAUGAGUCACCUUCAUCCGGUCCGUCACCUUCUGGUCCUUCUGGUCCUUCUGGUCCUAAUGGAGGAAAUGCUGGCCCAGUUAAUGGCCCUGGUGCUGGUCCCUAUGGUCCUUACGGUAAUCAAGGCCCCAAUGUCGUUGUCAUUAACAAAGAGUCACCUUCAUCCGGUCCGUCACCAUCUGGUCCUUCUGGUCCUUCUGGUCCUAAUGGAGGAAAUGCUGGCCCAAUUAAUGGCCCUGGUGCUGGUCCCUAUGGUCCUUACGGUAAUCAAGGCCCCAAUGUCGUCGUCAUUAACAAAGAAUUACCUUCACCUGGUCCAUCACCUUCUGGUCCUUCUGGUCCUAAUGGAGGAAAUGCUGGCCCAGUUAAUGGCCCUGGUGCUGGUCCCUAUGGUCCUUACGGUAAUCAAGGCCCCAAUGUCGUUGUCAUUAACAAAGAGUCACCUUCAUCCGGUCCGUCACCAUCUGGUCCUUCUGGUCCUUCUGGUCCUAAUGGAGGAAAUGCUGGCCCAAUUAAUGGCCCUGGUGCUGGUCCCUAUGGUCCUUAUGGUAAUCAAGGCCCCAAUGUCGUUGUCAUUAACAAAGAAUCACCUUCACCUGGUCCAUCACCUUCUGGUCCUUCUGGUCCUUCUGGUCCUAAUGGAGGAAAAGCUGGCCCAGUUAAUGGCCCUGGUGCUGGUCCCUAUGGUCCUUACGGUAAUCAAGGCCCCAAUGUCGUCGUCAUUAACAAAGAGUCACCUUCAUCCGGUCCGUCACCAUCUGGUCCUUCUGGUCCUUCUGGUCCUUCUGGUCCUAAUGGAGGAAAUGCUGGCCCAAUUAAUGGCCCUGGUGCUGGUCCCUAUGGUCCUUACGGUAAUCAAGGCCCCAAUGUCGUCGUCAUUAACAAAGAAUCACCUUCACCUGGUCCAUCACCUUCUGGUCCUUCUGGUCCUAAUGGAGGAAAUGCUGGCCCAGUUAAUGGCCCUGGUGCUGGUCCCUAUGGUCCUUACGGUAAUCAAGGCCCCAAUGUCGUCGUCAUUAACAAAGAGUCACCUUCAUCCGGUCCGUCACCAUCUGGUCCUUCUGGUCCUUCUGGUCCUAAUGGAGGAAAUGCUGGCCCAAUUAAUGGCCCUGGUGCUGGUCCCUAUGGUCCUUACGGUAAUCAAGGCCCCAAUGUCGUCGUCAUUAACAAAGAGUCACCUUCAUCCGGUCCGUCACCUUCUGGUCCUUCUGGUCCUUCUGGUCCUAAUGGAGGAAAUGCUGGCCCAAUUAAUGGCCCUGGUGCUGGUCCCUAUGGUCCUUACGGUAAUCAAGGCCCCAAUGUCGUCGUCAUUAACAAAGAAUCACCUUCACCUGGUCCAUCACCUUCUGGUCCUUCUGGUCCUUCUGGUCCUAAUGGAGGAAAUGCUGGCCCAGUUAAUGGCCCUGGUGCUGGUCCCUAUGGUCCUUACGGUAAUCAAGGCCCCAAUGUCGUCGUCAUUAACAAGGAGUCACCUUCAUCCGGUCCGUCGCCAUCUGGUCCUUCUGGUCCUUCUGGUCCUAAUGGAGGAAAUGCUGGCCCAAUUAAUGGCCCUGGUGCUGGUCCCUAUGGUCCUUACGGUAAUCAAGGCCCCAAUGUCGUCGUCAUUAACAAAGAAUCACCUUCACCUGGUCCAUCACCUUCUGGUCCUUCUGGUCCUAAUGGAGGAAAUGCUGGCCCAGUUUAUGGCCCUGGUGCUGGUCCCUAUGGUCCUUACGGUAAUCAAGGCCCCAAUGUUGUCGUCAUUAACAAAGAGUCACCUUCAUCCGGUCCGUCACCAUCUGGUCCUUCUGGUCCUUCUGGUCCUAAUGGAGGAAAUGCUGGCCCAAUUAAUGGCCCUGGUGCUGGUCCCUAUGGUCCUUACGGUAAUCAAGGCCCCAAUGUCGUCGUCAUUAACAAAGAAUCACCUUCACCUGGUCCAUCACCUUCUGGUCCUUCUGGUCCUUCUGGUCCUAAUGGAGGAAAUGCUGGCCCAGUUAAUGGCCCUGGUGCUGGUCCCUAUGGUCCUUACGGUAAUCAAGGUCCCAAUGUCGUCGUCAUUAACAAAGAGUCACCUUCAUCCGGUCCGUCAGCUUCCGCGUCAGCCUCAGCUGCAGCCGCUUCUGGUCCACAAGGCCAAAACUACGGUCCUCUUGGAUACGGACCUGGUAACGGCUCAGGACAAGGUGGAGUAAUUGUCAUCAACGAUAACGGAUCUGGUUCAGGUCCUAGCGCCGGUUCGAAAUCAGUAUCAUCAUCUUCAGCGUCAGGCUCAUCUGUUUCACUUGGCCAAGGAAGAGGCAGGGUCCGUCAAGCAUGUCAACUCAGACGCAGUCAAUACUUUGUCAGAAUUGGCAGGAAGGGUCAGCUUUGCCCCACAUGCUAAUCAAUAUUCAUAAUUUUUCUUUUCAUAUUGAUACGUUUUAUAAUUUCGAAUGAAAUAAAUACUAGCAUUCUAAAA